AUGUGUGGCAUAUUCGCGUAUCUGAAUUACAAUGUCAGCCGGGAGAGACGUUACGUGCUCGAAGUCCUCUUCAAUGGUCUGAGGCGUUUGGAGUACAGAGGUUACGACUCCGCCGGAAUCUCUAUUGACUCUUCCUUCCCUCAUCCUUCGAUUGCUGGACGCCCAGAUGGUGUUUCCUCUGAUUCGCCCCCUCCUCUCGUUUUCCGCCAAGAAGGAAACAUCGAAUCGCUCGUCAAAUCGGUCUACCAAGGUAUAUUCUCCUCAAUAUCCCGUCUUUCCUUAUUAUAUAUUGGCACAUAG